CAGUCAGUGAGGGACACUGUGACACCCCCUGCUGGAGCCUGGUGGUAUUACAUCAUCACUAAGCCACAGAAACCACGUCAGGUCUGUUCACACUGAGCAGGACACGUGUUUACUGGAGAACAAUACACCGAGACUGCUGAAAACAUGACGCUGUGACGAGGACGAGAGACACCGACCGUCUGUAGACCAACAGAGAGAGGAGGAGGAGGAGGAAGAUGUUGCAGGUCUGCAGGCUGCUGCUGUGGCAGGUGGCUCUCAGGUUGUCGUAUCACGUGGUAACAGCCAGUCUGUGUCUGGGGGGGUCAGACAUCUUUGCCUCGGUCAGAGAGAACAGUCCGACGGGUCAGUUCAUCUCCAACCUGAGCGUCACCGCAGAACCUGGAGCCAACACCGUCCGCCUCUGUCUGACCGGAGACAAUGCCGACUGGUUCUACUUAGAGGGUCGGACCAUCCGCCUGAACACGUCUGCCUCCAGAGUCCUGGACAGAGAGGUUCAGGGAUCAGUGCUGAUUGCAGAGCUCACCUGUUAUGAGGAUGAUGUCAUACAGACUCAGUACAGGAUCCUGGUGGAGAUCGUCAACGAGAACGACAACACACCAAACUUCCUGAAGGAUACCAUUCAGCCGUUCACCAUCAGUGAGCUGACAGGGGUGAAUUCAGUCGUUUUCACGGUGAAGGCCGUCGAUGCAGACGGAGACAUCAUCAGUUACAUCAUCGAUGAGUCAUCGGGCGACGCAGCGUUCUUCAGGGUGGAUCUUCCAAACAGUGGGGACGUGGUUCUGAACAAACCUCUGGAUUACGAGAGCAGGACUCAGCUGCAGGUGACCAUCUGGGCUCAGGAAGCGAACACUGCAGAGAAGUUCAACACGUCCACUGUCCUCAUCGUCAACAUCGAGGACGGAGACGACCAGUACCCUCACUUCCUGCCCUGCACACCUGUGUCUCCAGGUGUUCCUGUCUGCAUGAACCCCACCUACACCGCCAACAUCACACACAAACACCAGGACGGUGUGGUGGAGUUUUCUCCUGGACCAAUCAGAGCAGAGGACGGAGACCAAGGAAUCAACACCUCUCUGAUCUACAACAUCCUGUCAGGUGACGACCGGGGCAGAUUUGUGAUCAACAACAGGACAGGUGAGCUCAGGUUAACCAGAGCAGUGAACGACCGACGACUGGAGACGAACUUCACACUCAGCAUCAUGGUGUAUCAGGAGGAUGACCGGCUGAAGUACAGCGUGGCAUCAGUUCUGAUCCGGGUUCUCAGUGAGAAUGCGUUCCCGCCGGUCUUCAACAGAACCACCUUCAAAGGUUUCAUCAUCCAGAGCUCUAGCCCCGCCUCCAUCGUCUCCACCUACGGGAACCAGGUGUUACAGAUCCAGGUGUUGGACCGUGACUUCCCUGACGGCCUGAAUCCAAACAUCCACUACUCCCUCCACCCCCCGUCCGGACUGUACCAAGUCACCCAGGGCGGGGUCCUGAUUGCCAGGACGGACCGCCUGCACGCCUUCGACAGACACAUACUGCAGGUCGUCGCCAGAGACGAAGAAUCAGGAGAAGAAGCUUCAGCUUCAGUCGACAUUGAAGUUCUGCAGAGAGGACAGACAGUCCCUCGCGGUGCGUUCACUGACAUUAUCUCUCUCCUGGUGGUGCAUUCACUGACAUUAUCUUCCUCCUGGUGGACAUUCACUGACAUUAACUCUCCUCUCUCCUCUACAGUCCCUCGUGUCCCUCGUGGUGCGUUCACGGAGCAGCAGUUGUUCGGAGACGUGGACAGCAGACUGGCUGGAGGCAUCGCAGCGAUGAUGGUGCUCCUGUUUCUCUCGGCUCUUCUGUUGGUGCUGCUGCGCACCGUGAGGAGAAGGCGACUACAACCAAACUCUGACGAUCCCGCUACUGUUGCCCUCGGGAAACAUCCCAAUGUGAAGUUACUUUGGUUUCACUCGGGGUCCGACGAGUCGUCAUUCAGCAACAGAGCUUUCAGUCAUCACUACGAGUCUUCAUCACAGUCACAGAGUCUUCACGGCCGACAGGGUGUCUACACCAGGAAACACUCUCUGCCUCCUCUUCCUCCUCCUUCAUCAUCAUCGAACAUCAUCAGCCGUCCCACAGGAAGACUCACGUUUCACUCUGACCUGUUUCCUGUCUCAGAGAGUCCACCUGCAGCUGUCCUCACUCUACCUGUCCAGUCCACAGGUGUUCACACUGAUGACAUCACACUACCUGUUCAGUUCACAGGUGUUCACAGUGAUGACAUCAUCACAGCAGAGACUCUUCCGACAGACCACAACAUCAAAACAGACCAAUCAGAGGACCCGUACAGGACCAUCUGUCCAUCUGAGGACAUCUCAGAGGACAUGGACACAUCACUGCAGCCAAUCACAGAACACAUCUGACACAUCUCACAGCCAAUCACAGAACACAUCUGACACAUCUCACAGCCAAUCACAGAACACAUCUGACACAUCUCUGCAGCCAAUCACAGAACACAUCUGACACAUCUCUGCAGCCAAUCACAUAACAGGAACACAGUUCCAACCAAUCACCAUGCAGUUGAAUAAAUGACUUCUGAUUUCAGUUUCAGGGUUGUUUAGGAUCAUGUGUGUGUGUGUGUGUGUGUGUGUGUGUGUGUGUGUGUGUGUGAACGAAUCGUGUGUGUGUGUGUGUGUGUGUGUGUGUGUGAGUGAGAGAGAGAGAGAGAGAGAGAAAGAGGCAGCCCCAUCCAUCCUUGAGAAAGUCUGAAGCAAAAGAUGCUUGAGCCAAUGACUACCACACACACUUUUGAUUGACACCCUCUCAAUUUAGAGGGGGGGUCUGUGUGUGUGUGUGUGUGUGAACUUAUCGUGACAUCACUGUUACUCUCUGAUCUGUAAACAUGAAACAAUCUGAUCAAAGAACAAAUCAAUCAGCUGAUCAGUCUGUGAUCUGACACUCUGCUGUUAUAAGGUCUCAUUAUUUAGUGAUGGUUUAUUGAUCACCUGUAAAUAAACUGAAAACAG